UGAAGUUUAUUUGGUUGGUUUUUCAUUGUUUUUUUUUAACAAGAUACAAUAAAUGAUAUUUUAUUUUUAAAUAGUUUUUUUCAUCUGAAAAUGAAAAUGUCAAUUUUUGACAAGAGUAAUGAACUAUUUCAUGAAUCCAAUAAAAUCAUACAAGAAUUUCAACUUCUGUACAAUAUUUUGUGAAAAUGUCAAACAUUUUUCCUCAGGGAAAAAAUUACCUACUGUAAAUGAAUUGACAAAACAACGAUCUAAGUUAUUAGGUCUUUCUGGUCAUUAUGAACCAACACCAUCUGAUAGAAGCCAUUUACUGAAAUAUUUACCAAAAUUUGAAGACUUGCCCCCAAGAAGUAUCAAAGAUAGUUUUUUAGAAGGCCUUAUACCACUUUCAACAGAUGAAAAUUUGCAAGAAAAAUAUAUUACAUUUUUAGGACGUGUUCGCAUUGGCAGGCUUUUAGAAGAUAUGGAUAUAUUUGCAGUCCAUAUCGGCUAUAAGCACAUUUAUACCCCAACAGUGCCAAAAGAUGUCUCAUCACCUUUUAUAUUGGUAACGGCCCAUGUUGAUCGAAUUGGUUACACUGCAUAUCAGAGGAGGCACAAUGAAGACAUCAAGAUUUCGGGUUUUGUAAGUUGGGUAGGAAAAUCCUCUAUGGAAGUUGUAGUCAAACUAGAACAAUUCUUCGAAGGAAGCUGGCAUAAAAUUACAAGGGCCCUAUUUCUAAUGGUGGCACGAAAUGCUACAGGAACUGGAUCGGUGUCCAUCAAUCCUUUGAAAGCAUCAAACGAUAUGGAAAAGAAAAUAAUAGAAGGUGGGGAAGAGAGGAAGCUCAGAAGAUCUCAAGCAUCAACCAAACACAUUUCUCAAAUGGUUCCAUCAGCCGAAGAACAAAAAUUAGUACACGAUCUGUACAAGAACAUUCGAAAGCUACGCAAUAACAAUAAAAGUGCUGAAUUAUCUAAAAAUUUCGUACCGAUGCAUAAGUGCAAGCUAUCCAAUACAAUAUUCUGCCAACCUGAAGAUAGAAACUUUUAUAAUACAGUUUUUGGAGGUUUCAUCAUGAGGCACGCCACUGAACUUACUUGGAUUUUAGGAUUCCAGUUCUUCAGGCAUAGGCCAGCUAUAAAACACAUAAGUGACAUCAGUUUUCGCAAACCAAUUGCUGUUAAUGCUUUGAUGCAAAUGUUUGCCAAAGUAGUUUACACUAAAGAUGAUUACGCUCAAAUUAUUGUAAAUGUAUUUGCUUCAGACCCUAUGGAGGGUAAACGUGAUAAAACUAAUACUUUUCAUUUUACAUUAAAGUCGUCAAAAACUGUUGACCAAAUCUACCCAAUGAGCUACCAUGAAGCUAUGUUGUAUAUAGACGGUAUGAGACAUUUCAACACAAGUAUGAACCAAAAUGUAGAUGAAGUGGCUGAUGCUAUGGAUGAAUACAUGUUGAAACUAUCAAAAUCGUAG